AUGACGGCAUCCACCGAUGACCCUACUUGCUAUUCUCAGGCGGUGGGCCAUCCACAAUGGCGAGACGCAAUGGACCAAGACUUCAACGCGUUGCUACACAACAAUAUGUGGACGCUAGUACCUGCUACUCCGGACAUGAACAUUGUGGGGUGCAAAUGGGUUUUUCGCACCAAGCAAAAUGCCGACGGCACAGUGGAACGCUACAAAGCCCGGCUAGUCGCCAAAGGCUACAAUCAAGUAGCAGGCGAGGAUUUCUUUGAUACAUUUAGCCUGAUAGUUAAAUCGACCACGAUUCGGCUAUUACUAUAA